AUAAAGCUUAUGCUGCAGGCUCUAGUUGUACUGACCACUUCACUGAUGUGCAAACCAUAUCAUGGAGACCAGGAACUCUUCUCUUCUAUUCGAGUGGAGCUCUUGAACACACUACCCAGAGACCCAGUAGAAUGGCGAAGGUCUUACGGCCGGGUUCCGAAGAUGAUCUUUGUGGAUGUUGCAUUCGUGCCCUUCAACCAUGAGCAACUGGCCAAGGAAAACGAGCGUACUCUCUUCAGAAAGCCCUGCUUUCAUAUCUAUUUCACAGACUGUGCAGAUGCAGAUGCCUACAAGCUGGUCGUCAAGGAUGACAUAGCCGCCUGGCAACAGAGCCUGAAGGAGCAUAACAUGGCCGACUGGCUGAUUGUCCUGGUAGAAACCUCCAACCUCAAGCGAGGCAACAAGUCCAAAUUACUCCCGCGGACGUCGGUGCUGGAUAAGAUCAAGAGCGACUUCUGCAGCAAGCAGGAAAAACGAGUGAUUGUUCUCAAUGAACCCAACAAUCCAGUGCCCACCAAUCGCUCAUUGGAGUCCUGGCAACUCUUCAUCCAUCGUUUGCGUGAGUUGGUACUGGUUGCCUACAGCCGUCUCCUGGGUCGCUUUGAGGAGUUUGUCCGUGCCGAGCGGGAGCGACGAAACGACAAGGGUUGGGACUUUUGCAAGUACUUCCUUCUCCAGGAGGAGCUAGCAUUUUUCUCUCAGUCCAUCAUCAACACACAUGCUGGGGACAACCCUUCCUGGCUGUCCUCAUUCCUCGCCCCCUGCACCUGCUGGGAUGGCCUCAACCUCAUGCCCAGUGCCAUCGCUGGCAAGCGGUCAGUCCUGGAGAUGGGCAAGGUGUCCCUUCUGGAGCUCCGUAACUACCUCUUUGCCCGCCAGUGCGUGCUGCUGUUCACAAUGAAACGACCGUGGGAGGUGGCCCUCAGGGCCCAGUCCUUUCUGCACAACUGCAUCCAGGAAUUGAAAACAUUGGAGGUUUCCAUGCCGCCUGGGAGCAUGGCAUGCUGGGUGUUCCUGAGCUGUCUGGAAGUGCUGCAGUUUUGUGAGAAGUAUACAGAUUCUUCCAACGUUGAGAAUUACUCCCACUUCACGGCCAGCCUGUGGGUGUACGCCCAGUCCAAGCUGCGAGAGCUGGGGGACCUCUGUGGUCUGUUGCCGGACUCCAUCUCCAACUCAGAUCAGUUGCACCUUGUCGUGGGUCUGCUCGGGGGCAUGGGCCAGACGCAGGAGGCCAGCAUCAUCGAGAACAGCCCCAACCAGAAGCUGAGAGAGGCGCUCAGCUCGUCGGAGGCAUUCCAGAAACACUACUUGGAGCUUUCAGAAUUGGCCAUGGGGACUUUCAAGCACAUCAAGCGCAUGCGAUCGGCCAGGUUAAUUGGCAAAGACCUUGCCACAUUUUACAUGAAGAAAGGUGAGUGGACGAAAGCAGAGACUUUCCUCAUCGACGCCGUCCGCAUCUAUGAGAAGGAAGGCUGGCAUCUCCUUGUGACCAACACUCGCCGACAGAUUGCCAACUGCCAGAAAAAACUGGGCAACAAGCAUAAAUACCUCAAGACUUGCUGUCUCCUGGCUGGCGACUGUGCCUUGUCCAUGCAGGAGAGGGUGGAGUUCUGCAAUGAGAUGCUCCAGAUAGCCAAAGAACUUGCUGAUGAGCCCGGAGAACCUGACAGCGAGGACCAGUCAUUGAAAGUAGCACUGGUUCCAUUACACUCGGUGGCUCAUCUUACAAACAUUGACCUCAAACCAGCCGAAGGGAGACUAGGAAAGAACGAGGUAGGCGAAAUAAUCCUGUGCAUCCAUAGCAACCUCCCACAAACCGUUGCGGUUGACAAGAUCACCCUGGCUCUCAACCACGAGAGCCAGGACACGGACGACCAGUCCAACCAGCUCUCCCUCCCAAAGAGCCAAUCGCAAAGUAGCUUCAAGAGCCUGUCGCCGACGGUGGACCAGUGGGGGAUGGUGACAGAUGGCUACCUACGGUCCCUCUUCCUAGGCAGCCAGCCGGCGAUCAUCCCGGAGCUGGUGGAGGACGUCCGCUAUCAGACCAGAGAUGGCAAGAAGGUCCUGGACUGUGCAGUCAUCUACUGCAAGAACACCUCAUCCGUCUUGAGGAGGGAGGACAGCUCGUCCUCCCUUGGGAAGGGUCUUGAGGUCCUGCAGAAGGAAGAUUGCAGUCACCCACUGCAGGUGGAGAACGUAGCACUGAAACCUGGAAACAACGCAUUCUCAUUUGCAUUUAAGGCAUCUGAGAACGGCGUGUACUCCUGCAGGCAGCUGGUUGUGCAGCUAGGAGGAGUCGAGCUGCUUCUGCCCAGCAUACAGCCAGCCAUCGGCAUGGAGGUGUCCAGUCCUGACCCACAGCUGACUGUCACGCCCAAGAAUGGUUCUGUCCUUCUAGCUGGCAUCCCUCAGGAGAUCUGCAUGUCCAUCUUCACCGGUUACUUUGCCGUCAGCUCUCAGGACACCCUCUCUGUCCAGACCCUUGGCCGACUUAGGGCCCUACCUGCCGAGGAGGCGGAUGGAUACGAAGUGAAGGCAGAGGAGAAUGGUGCCACAGUCAGCCUGCCAGACAUUGCUCCCUUCCAGACGAAAGAGUUUAGUGUGAUGGUGAUGACGGUGCUCGUGGAUUCGGGGGCGGAGCCUGGCGAGGAAGAGGAGGAGGAGCUGACUGAACAAAAGAUGACCAUCUGGUGCCCUUGGUCAGAGACAGUCAUAGCUACUUUGACAUUCCAGCAGCCAUUCAAUGUCAAGCACCAGCUCCACACAGCUGGAAAGAGGAAGCUUGUACAACUUUCUGUGGAGAACAUUUGCAGCAUGCAGUUCAUGUUAGCAUCCCCUGAGCUCCAGAUAACAUCAGAUGAUUCAUAUCAGUUACAGAGUGUUAAUGGCAAGAAUGCCUCUGCUAUGCUGUGUGCUGGUCAGACAAUGUCGUACGUCUGGUUUCUUGCGGACAUUCAGCAACAGACAGAUGAAGCAGGGUUCUGCUUCACCUUGACGUACACUGCACUUGGGGAGGGGGAUGCCACGACAAAUGGAGAGGGAGAACCCCAGCAACUUAGUCACAGUUUCAGUCUGAAAGACUACAGGACAAGAUACAUGGUGAGCUCGACAGUCACACCGCCUCCUAGUGACGAGUUCUGCCGAGCAGGGAUGCUCUGCAGCCUCCAGCUCCACAUUCAGUCUGCCCUCGACAACAGCCCUCCAAUCACGGACCAGGAUUGCCCGUCACUCAUGUACCAGGUGGUGGCUGAGAAGCAUAUGUGGGCAGUCUGUGGGCGGAGCACGGGGGUCGUUGCCAUGCCGACCAGCGUGGAAGGUGUGGACGUGUCCCUGGAGGUCAUGCCCCUGCUGGCUGGAUUCCUGCCCUUGCCAAAGGUCAAACUCAGCAAGUACGUCACAGGCAUCGAGGAACCCUCAGGAACACAGCCGGUCACCCAAGUUGUUCUGAAUCAGCCAAGUGAGGGCAGUAUCAUACCUGACGGCACAGCCGCUGCAAGUGAGCUGGAUGGCCCAGUCGUGCCAAACUCCAAUGGCCUUUUGAGUGAGCCGGCGUCUCUCACCCCAGCAGCUAUGGAGAAAGCGUGCUCUGCAUCUCUGGUCCCAUUUGCUGCCGGUCAGGUGUACUACCAAAGCCUGGCCACCCAGGUUCGGGUCUUACCCGAAUCCGACAUCACGGUUUUAGACGUAGCUGUGCAGUGAUCUCUUUCAAAUCAGAACAGUUUUGUUAUCUUGUUCUGAGAGAGCAGGACAGUGUGGUUAUACUGAUUCUAAAUUUUUCUUUGACUGUUUGGCUUUCCUUUAAGCCUAAAGGUGUGUCUGAAAACCGGCUUCCAGACUUACUGCUAUGACCUACAUAUUUCCAAUUAGUAAAGACACAAACAUAACUCGAGACACAGGCUUCAAAUGAAGCUUUCCUGCUUGUUAUUGAGCCAAUAUCGAAGCUCACCUUUGACUCUGGCUGCAUCCUGAAGAUUACUUUUUAGCAGUAACAUGAACGGUUGGAUUUUCAAAGAAAUGCCCAUGGCUGCAGCUUAAAAUGGCCGACUGUGAUGUUCAUGCAGCAAGAAGGUGACCAAGAUGUAGCAGUUUCUCCUUUCAGUUUGGACCCUGAAAUCAUAAAGCCAGAAUCUCAUGCCAAAUUCAUGGUUGGGGAAUUAUGGAUGUAGGUUUGACCUGGGUACAUUGGCAGAUUUGGGGGGGUGGGCAAUACCCAAAAGGGGGAAAUUUUAUUUUGUUUAUGAAAUAUAAUGAGGGGAAAUGGCAGUGGGAGCAAUUUUAUUAACCUUUCUCUCUUAAAUUGAACCUCCAAAUUUAGUAGCAAACCUCCAAAAAAUCAGAAAAUUUACAAGUUUUGUGGCAUUCCCCCCCCCCCAGUACAGCAUAUGUAACAAGGUUUGAGGUUAGUGGUCAAUGCAUGGUAUUAUCUUAUGCUGAAUAUAAAGCUGUAUCAUAUUACCUGAUGUAUACUUCUGGAUGUAAGUUGUUUUUCAGGCAUCUGUGCAAUAUGUGUCUGGGUACGUAAUUAGAAAGUAAUUUUUUUAAUGUACAAAAUGUAAAAUGAUUAAUCUUUACGACUACUUUAAUAUCAAAAGACAACAGAGCAGAAUUUGUUUAAAUGAAGCAGCUUUACUAUAGUCAGGAAAUUCCCAUAAUCCUUAUAGUUAUCGCUAAAAAUAGUUGUUCAAAAAUGCUGUGUGCAAUGAUGGCAAAUUUAGUCGUCAAGUCAGUCAAAUAAACGAAAUAACAAUGGCUGUGUGCGAAGUUA